AAAGCUUUCUUGGAACACAAGAGAGAGUCUGUUUACAUAAACCCUAACAUAAAAGAAUACUACUAACUGGAAUCGUCGAUGGCGGAGUUUUCGCCUGAGGAGUACAUCGACCAUUGGAGAAUCGGCAAGUUUGAUCCGGCAUGGAAUCCAACCGGCAUGCUCGAAGUCAGCUCCUUCUCCAGACGCUAUCCUCGCUACAGAGAGACGUAUCUUCAGGCGUGUUGGCAAAGCGUCCAAUCCGCUCUCGAGGAGUACGGAGUCGCCUGCAAGCUCAACCUAGUCGAAGGUUCUAUGACUGUUUCAACGACCAAGAAGACGAGAGAUCCUUACAUCAUUGUCAAGGCUAGGGAUUUGCUUAGGCUUCUGUCUAGAAGUGUCCCUGCUCCUCAGGCAAUAAAGAUUUUGAAAGAUGACUUGACUUAUGAUAUCAUCAAUAUCCGAAAAUUGGUUCGUAAAAAGGAAAGAUUUGUUAGAAGAAGGCAGCGGCUUGUGGGUCCUGGUUUUUCUACAAUAAAAACUGUUGUUUGUGUUAUGCAAACUCUUGCUUGGAGUCUUAAUGAUUUUGGCUACUUGCAGACGCUGGAAAUAGUAACCAACUGUUACAUUCUAGUUCAGGGAAAUACUGUAGCCGCAAUGGGUUCUAUUAAAGGUCUCAAAAAAGUCAGAAGGAUUGUGGGAUUCAUACAGAGUACUAGCUGGGAUCCUUUGGCUAUUAUAAAUGCUGAAUAUAAUUGGAUUUAAAUUAUUUUAUACCUACAUGUUCUGUUGUGUAAUGAUGACAACUCUUUGUUGUUGUUUAACCUUGCAAAUAUAUUUUUUUGU